AAGAUAAUACAAAUAUCAACUCUCCAGAUUGUUUGUUUGAUCAGAAAGAUAAUACAAAUAUCAAUUUUUCAGAUUGUUUGAUUGAUCAGAAGGAUAAUAAUGAAAUUGGCAAAUCUCAAGAUAGUCAAGAAAGUGAUUUAUCAAAUUUAAAUAAAAAUAUUAAUUGUCAACCUCAAAAAAAAAAGAAAAAAAGAAUUCUCACCUG